AUGGCGUCGUCGUCGCAAGUUCCAGACAUGUCUUCCAUGCUAUUGAACCUUCCCCCCGAGGUCAGGAAUCUCAUCUAUAAAUUCGCCUUUCAACAGUCGCAACCGCUAAGGCUGAGGUGUCCGUCGCAACGUCGACUUCGUCCAUCGCGGCCCCCCAGAGACGACCCUCGUGGAUUCUUGGAUACCUGCCAGCUGAUCCGGUCAGAGGCCAUCACGUUAUUCUACAGUCUCAACGCGCUGGUCUUCCGGUCAUCGGCAGACGCCCUGGCAUUUCUGUCGGACCCGGAUAUCCAUCCCCUAAUCAAAUCGUCGUUGACACACAUCGCGGUCGAUUUUGGCGACAGCACCGACGCCGACACAAUCCUCAAGGACCACAUCACUCUCGUCGACAUCUGUGUCGGCGAUCUCCCCCGGCUCAAGGUCCUAGAGACUCGCUUCUAUGCCCGAACACUGGACGCCUGCUCAUCCUCGCAUUUCCGAACCUUGGCGCUCGCCUUUGACGGGCUUGAUGCCGACAUGAAUGCACCUCCUUCACCUCGCUCACCUCGCUCACCGCGGUCGCCUCGGUCACCCCGAUCACCACGUGGCUCUCCUCGAAGCUCCAUCUCCAGUGGCAGUUCGUCACCUGUCUCGACGCCGGCGACAAGCGUGUGCUCGUCCCCUUGCUGGGAACCCGAACCCGAACCCGAGCUGGACAUGUCAGCGAUCCAAGCCGAAGUGCUGGAGCAGUACUGCUUCACGCCGUCGGCGGCCAUUGCGUUUGCCAACUCGAAGCUGAAGUUCUCGGUCGCGGCCUCGUCCGAGAACUACCCGGGGGUCAAGCACGACAAGCUCAUCUGCUACAAUUUCCGGAUCGGGGUGGACGGCAUCGCCAACGCCCUGGGCCCUGCCAAGGAGGCCGUCAGACAGCGAAUCAGCCGCGUAGGCAUGUUACCCCGGCAGAUUAGCGAAAUGUACGACACGGCUGCUGACGGCGGGUUCCACCGGCGAGUGCGCUCGACCAUUGCCAACUGCGCCAGGAUCGACGUUGGGGUGUCGUGA